ACCCAUAAAAAUGCGUGAGAUUAUAUCUCAACAAUGCUAGAAAGCAUCAGAGUGGGAAAUGUGAGAACAUGGGAAAGUGAUAUUUAAACUGAAGCAGACAGUAAAAUACAGGUAAAUACUGCUUCAUUCUGCUUAGAAACUGAAACUUGCUCUAUUAAGUAUCAAUGUGUGGGGCUUUAAUAUUUAUGCAGGAGGCAUAUUUCACGUUUUAAUUUUCUUUAAAAUAUCUGCAGACAAAUCCUAUUAAUCCUGAUUGUUUGAGUCUACAGCAAAAACAAAUCUUCACUUUAAAGCUCCAGUACUUUUCAGAAAUGUUGUGUAUACAAAGUCUAUGCACUGUACUGGAGUUUAUUAACAGUCAGUUUUAUUAUUAUUAUUUUUUUAGCUCAGGUCAUUUUAUUGUGUUAUUCCAUUGCCAUUUCUUUUUGUAUUUGAAUGUUUAAGUUAUAUUACACCUUUUUGUAUAUGUUUAACCGACCCUGAAGCAAAAUUGGUUUUGGUAGUUGCUGCUCAUUCUCAAAGUUCAGUAACAUAUAAAUAAAAUUGCUAUGUAUCUUUACUUGCAGAAUCAGAUGAAGAUAUAGAGGACUGGACACCAGAUGUGGAUACAGAAAGCAGGAUGACAGAAGUGGACAUAGAGCACAGUGAAAAAUUUCCAUACGCCCUGAGAAGUUCAGUUGACCCUAAAGAAGAAUGCAGAUUGAUUCUGUUGGGAGGUGAUAAACACACAAAGCAUGAUGCAUAUAACUUCAUACUCAGGACUGAGGAUAUAGGAAAAAGCAAUAACAGCGUGUAUGAGAACUAUAUUAAAGGAAGACAUGUCUCAGUGUUAGACACUCCUUCUGUCUGGAGGGAUCACUUGGCAUCAUUCUGGUUUUUUUCCAGAAAACUCAAUCAAAUCAAACAUGAACUGCAGGACUGUAUUUCAAAGGCGUUCCCUGGACCUCAUGCCUUUCUGUUAGUACUUCAAGCUGGGCGUGACACUAGAAAAGAGCGUUAUCUUUUAAAAGCAAUCAGUUCAGUGUUUGGAAAGGAGGCCUUAGACUACACUAUGGUGCUGUUCAUUUAUUCUGGACAGAAUUCACAGACUGCCUCGAAGAACUCUUAUGUUCGGAGGUGUGGAAACAGGUAUCACUUUUUGGAGAACACUGAUCAAAGUGUUCAAGAGCUGUUCAGGAAAGUUGAGAAAAUGACAGACGUUAAACAGAGUAAGUUCUUCAUCCCAUCAUCAUAUGAAAACUAUAUGAAACUCAACUUUGAAUCAUGGGAAAAGAAACGACUUUGUCGUGGAACAACACCAGUGCGCCGGGGCAGUAAAGAACUCAUUCCUAUAGAUUUAUCAGAACACCAAAGAAGAGAUUCAGAUUCAACUUAAAUGGAUUUAAACGAGGGGAAAGAGUCCACCUGCUGUGACAGUGGCUGGAAGAAGAGGCCAUGUUGUCUCGAGUGGGGAACAGGCUGUAGCUGUACCACCAGACCUGUACAUGCCAGAGGAUAAAUGGUCUUUGGCAGUACAAAGGUGUGAAGAUAAGGAUUUAAAG